GUUUAACCUGCCCUGCCACAGUCAGGGGCUGCUCCAGCCCAUCAGAAGAAGCCCCUGCUUGUGGGGCUGCUCUGGAUGAAUAGAGCAGCUCCUGUUCAUGGUGGGCUCCUCAUGGGGCUGGAGCAAUGCAGGGGAGAGCUGCUCCAGCCCCCAUCUGUUAACUGCAACCUUUCACGUCCCUAGUUUCUGCCAAAUUGUCUGUAAAAUUGGAGGAUUUGUGAAUGCUCGGCUGGAGAAGGAGACACCAAUAUUUAACAAGCAAAGGAUUGAUUUCACUCCUCCAGAGAAAAUUAACAGUCUAGUGGUCUCCUCUAAUCAGCUUUGUAUGAGCCUUGGCAGAGACACCCUUUUCAGGAUUGAUCUUGGCAAGGCAGAUGAACCUAAUCAGGUGGAGUUGGGACGCAAGGAUGAAGCCAGAGUCUACAAGAUGUUUUUAGAUCACACAGGAUCUCACCUUGUGAUUGCACUGAACACUAGUGAAUGCCUGUAUUUGAACAGAAGCGCUCAGAAGGUGCGGGCGCUCUCCCGCUGGAAAGGUCACUUGGUUGAAUGUGUGGGCUGGAAUAAGUUCCUGGGUUCAGAGACGAACACUGGUCCUAUCCUGGUGGGAACAGCCCAGGGCCAAAUAUACGAGGCUGAGAUCUCUGUCAGCGAGGGAAGCUUCUUCAGCACUAAUCCAGACCAGUAUUUCCGUCUGGUCUAUACCUUGGAGGAGGAGGCAGGGCCCACCCCAGUCUGCUGUCUGGAAAUAGAGAGAGUGCUCGAUGGGAAAUGUUUCAUCAUUGCCACUACUUGUAAAAGACUCUUCCAGUUUGCGGGCAAAGCGCUUGAGGGGACAGAGCAGCAGGGCUUUGGCUUUGUGUUUGGCAUGCAUGUAGACCACUUGCCCAGCUUUCGAGAGUUCCCAGCCAGCUUUGGCUACAGCGAAAUAGCAUUUUAUACCCCAAAGUUGCGCUCCUCCCCACGGUCCUUUGCCUGGAUGAUGGGAAAUGGUGUCUUGUAUGGUACGUUGGACUAUGGACGGCCUGACUCUAUUCUGAGUGAUGAACGGGUUUGGGAGUAUCCUUCUGACGUGGAUGUGUCAGCUAACAAGCCGAUUUCCAUAGUUCUCACCCAAUUCCACUUCCUGCUGUUACUGCCUGACAAAGUGAUAGCUGUGUGCACUCUGAAUGGGCAGGUUGUCUUCCAAGAUGUGUUCUUGGAGAAAUUUGGCUCUUUGAAGCGCAUGAUCAAAGAUCCCACAGUCGGGCAGGUCUGGAUCCACACAGAGAAAGUUGUAUUCCGCUACCACGUACAACGGGAAUCGAGAGAUGUAUGGAAGAUGUAUAUGAACAUUAACAAGUUUGAUCUGGCCAAAGAGUACUGCAAAGACCGUCCUGAGUGCCUAGAUAUUGUGUUGGCAAGAGAGGCAGAACACUCCUUUCAAAACAAGAGGUACUUGGAUAGUGCCAAGUGUUAUGCACUGACCCAGAAUUACUUUGAGGAGAUUGCCCUUAAGUUCAUUGAAGCCAAACAAGAGGAGGCAUUGAUGGAGUUUCUGAUUAAGAAACUGGCCAACUUAAAGUCUUCUGAAAAGACCCAGACAACCUUGUUGACCACCUGGUUAACAGAGCUCUACUUGAAUCGGCUAGGUGCUUUGGAGGGUGACGCCUCCAAAAGGAAUCUCUAUGAGGAGACUCGGGAGAAGUUCUGCAGCUUCCUGAGCAGCCCCAAAAACAAAGAGUGUCUGUUCAAUAACCGAGUGUCCAUCUAUGAGCUGCUAGCAAGCCACGGGGACACAGAACACAUGGUCUAUUUUUCAGUUAUUAUGCAAGACUACGAGAGAGUGGUAGCCCAUCACUGCCAACAUGAUGACUAUGAUGAAGCCUUAAAUGUUCUGUCCAGACACAGGGAUGAAAAGCUCUUUUACAAGUUCUCUCCGGUCCUGAUCCAGCACAUCCCCAAGAAGGUGGUUGAUGCUUGGAUCUCCAUGGGCACAAAACUGGAUGCCAGGAAGCUCAUACCUGCCCUCGUCAACUACAGUCAAAGUGAAAGCACCCAACAGAUCAGUGAAGCUAUUCGAUACAUGGAGUUCUGUGUGUGUGAGCUGGAAGAAACGGAGCAAGCCAUUCACAACUAUCUGUUGUCUCUCUAUGCUUUGUGUCGGCCAGUCUCGCUGCUGUCGUACCUAGAACAAGCAGGAACCAACCCUAACAGGAUCCACUAUGACCUGAAGUAUGCGCUUCGGCUGUGUGCAGAGCACGGACACCACCGAGCCUGUGUCCAUGUUUACAAAGUGAUGGAGUUAUAUGAGGAAGCAGUGGAUCUAGCUUUGCAGGUGGAUGUGGAUUUGGCUAAGUCCUGUGCCGACCUCCCUGAAGAGGAUGAGGAACUCCGGAAGAAGCUCUGGUUGAAAAUUGCUCGUCAUGUAGUCCAGGAAGAGAAGGAUGUAAAGAAAGCCAUGGCCUGCCUUUCUAGCUGCAACCUGCUGAAGAUUGAAGAUGUCUUGCCCUUUUUCCCUGACUUUGUCACCAUUGACCACUUUAAAGAGGCUAUCUGCAACUCUCUGGAGGACUACAACAAGCACAUUGAGGAGCUGAAAAGAGAGAUGGAGGAAGCCACGCAGAGUGCCAAGAGAAUUCGGGAGGACAUCCAGGAGAUGAGAAACAAAUACGGAUCUGUGGAGCCUCAGGAAAAGUGUGCAGCCUGUGACUUUCCGCUCCUAAAUCGCCCUUUCUACCUUUUUCUUUGUGGUCACAUGUUCCAUUAUGACUGCCUGUUCCAGGCAGUUUUUCCAAACCUGCCUGCCUGGAAGCAGGCUAAGCUAGAAGACCUUCAGAAGAAGCUGGGAGCCACAAGCCAGCCCUCCAAAGCCCAUCAUCGUCCCAAGGACAUAGAUGCUGCUAGCUUGGGAAAAGGGCAGCAGAGUAGGGAACAGAUCAAGGCAGACAUUGAUGAUAUUGUGGCGGCUGAAUGUGUGUAUUGUGGGGAGUUGAUGAUCCGGUCAAUUGACAAGCCUUUCAUUGACCCACAAAAGUAUGAAGAGGAGAGACAAAGUUGGCUGUAGGGUCACACAGUUAUUGCUUGAAGCUGCACAUGAAUGCAAAACUUUGAGCUAUAGGUCAUGUACACUGCCUGUGAAGCAUGUAUAUUAGGAAUGAGCCUCCAGCAAUCUGAAAACAAAGGGAUCCCAUAUAGCUCUAAAGAGAGACCAACUGGAUACUGUUAUCUGGAGAGCAAUGAGUUAGUCCUGGAGGACUAUGAGAGAAAUGGUCACAGUUGCUAAGAAUUGAAAGAUUAAUUUCAGCUAAUGUAUCAGACCUUCUGCUGGCUCCUGUCUGAAGGUGAGCUUGAGUUGGCCUUUCGAAGCUCUUCUCAUGAGACCCUUUGGCAUGAAGAUAAGCGUGCAUCAUUGCCCAGAAAGAACUGGGAACAUAAAAAUGAUUUCAUUUACUUGUACUGCUUCCCCAUUUUAUAGUAUUAAGUCUGGGGAAAUGGGAAGAAGCAGUGGGGAUUGCUUGGUGGUACAGGCUUCUAUUAAUCACUUUCAGAUUAUGAGUUGUUUGUGUUUUGCUUCCUAAUGAGAUUGUUUAGCCAGCCUUCCUGACGGAAAUGUAAAAGGGAGACAAUAGAUUUGUAUUUACAUGUAUGUCAGCAAACAUUUGUCAUGUUACACAAAUGCACAGGUCUGUACAAUAACAUAAAAUAUGAUUCCUAAGCA